CUUCCAAGUUCACCCCCCACCCUUCUGUCAACUGAUUUCUCCCCAUCCCGCAUCCUUUCUACUGACGCUAUUCAGGAAUAUUCCUGCAUUUUGUUUUGUACUUACAAGCGUAGGUUUCCCUACAUUCCUAGCGUACUGCGUAGUUUUCUGGUUCUGUGCUAGGAAAAUAACGAAAAGUCAGACACCUCUGAUUUCUCUGAUUUCUAUUCUAAAAAUUGAAGCUGGCUUGUGUUUCUGAGUAAAGGAGAGGAGAGUUUAGAAAAACUUGAAAUAUGUUAUCAAAGUAAAAACAAUUCCGAAGAGUUUGAGACGGAGGAGAUUACGAGAAAGAAGGAUGAAGAGAACGAAGAUAAAAUCAAAGAAAAUAAGAAGGAUGAGGAUAGCUUCGAGUCCACAGACUGUUGGAACUGUCCAGAUCAAUGUGAUCCGAAGAUUAAAGUGGAGAGUGGACGCAGAGCUCAAUCAUUCUGUUCCCAGGGGUUCAUAGAGCUAACCAGUCUCAGACAUGAGAGAAAGCAUGGUUUCUACAUCGUAUUUAAAACUUCUACUGCUUCUAUUAAAGAUUUAAUAGAGGUUGGUAGAUACAGUUUUGGAUUGCGGAAAGGGUUAAGUUGGAGAAAGAUGUUGGGAGGAUCUUGGAUAAUACGAAGCAGAGAGAAUAAAUCAGUUUUCCUGUAUCCAGAUCUAUCUACAGCACUGGUUGGAGAUUUCUCUAGUUCGGGAUCCCUGGAGUCCGAAGCAGAAGUUGCAGAAGUGGUUGGGAUAUCCUCUCAGGGUGGCAUAAUAACACCAGUACUCAGGUCCCUGGGUUCCCGUAUUCCAGUUCCAGAACCAUCAUCCUCCGAAACCUUUCUAAACCAGCCUUUUGUUAAAGAUCCAUUUGAAUCCUUGCAUGUUGAGGUGAAACAGUCCUUGAUCCCUGGAGCAGGGGAAGGAUUGUUUACAACCCGGAGAAUCAGAGCUGGUCAACUCAUAUCCUUCUUUGCGGGAGUAAAGGUUGAGGUUAGCGGCGAGCUCUCCGAAGAAAGCGAUUACACAAUAUCUUUAGAAAAUGGAGUAAUGCUUGAUAUCCCACCAUCUCUCAGAUCUACGUAUUGUGGAACCCUGGGGCACAAAGCUUGUCAUAGUUUUCAGCCGAGUGCAAGAUAUAGUUAUGCGGAUCACCCUCGGUUUGGUAGAAUUCGAUCUAUCUCUGCUCUUCAUGAUAUGGAGCCAGGGGAGGAGGUUACUACAGAUUACAGGUACAGUUUAAGGAAAGCUCCGGACUGGUACAGAGACUGUUUACUCCGGUAUCUAGUAGAGCACAGGGAACUAUCAAGGAUGGAGGCCGAAGCAUAUAUCAAUGACAUCGCUAAUACAAAAGAAAAUCAGCAUUCUACAAUCGAGGACAAAAUUGAUCACAUAAGUUCUGCAGUGGACAAAACAAAAUUGAUCACAUAAGUUCUGCUGUGGACAAAAUUGAUCACAUAAGUUCUGCUGUGGACAAAAUUGAUCAUUUAAGUUCAUGUGAAAGAUAAAAUUCAUAACCUGAGCCCUUUCUAAAAAUAACAUAAUUGAUCAUUUGAGUCCUAUAGAAAACAAAAUUAAUUCGUUGAGUCCUAAAGAGAACAGAAAAGAUCAUGUGCGACCUAUAGAGAAGAUAAUUGAUCAUUUGAGUCCUAAAGAGAACAAAAUUAAUCACUUGAGUUCUAUAAAGAGAACAAAAUUAAUCACUUGAGUUCUCUAAAGAACAAAAUUAAUCACUUGAGUUCUAUAAAGAGAACAAAAUUAAUCACUUGAGUUCUAUAAAGAACAAAACUAAUCACUUGAGUUCUAUAAAGAACAAAAUUAAUCACUUGAGUUCUAUAAAGAACAAGAUUGAUCAUUUGAAUCCUACAGAGAACAAAAUUGAUCAUUUGAGUCCUACAAGAUUGAUCAUUUGAGUCCUACAGAGAACAAGAUUAAUCAUUUGAAUCCUACAGAGAACAAAAUUGAUCAUUUGAGUCCUACAGAAAACAAGAUUGAUCAUUUGAGUCCAAUAGAGUACAAAAUUGAUCAUUUAAGUCCUACAGAGAACAACUGAACACAUGAGCAGCUUUAAAGAACACAUUGAUCAACUUAAUCAUUUGAGUCGUACAGAGAACGAAAUUGAUUAUUCAAGUCCUAUACAAAACAAAAUUGAUCAUUUAUGACCUUUAAAGAACGAAGUGAACACAUGAGCUGCUUUAAAGGACACAUUGAUCUCUGAGUCCUGUACAAUGUACAUGUAGAGAAAAAAACUGAUAAUUUGAGCCCUAAAAAGAACAUAAUCGACCAUUUGAGUCAUAUAGAGAACUAAAUUGAUCGUUCGCCGCUUCCUGAAGAGAACAAAUCUGAUUGUUUGAAUUCUUUAGAGACCAAAAUUGAUUAUUUAAGUCAUAAAGAGAACAAAUCUGAUUAUCUGAGUUCUUUAGAGAACAAAAUUGAUUAUCAUAGUCAUAAAGAGAACUAAUCUGCAAUUUUUUGAGUUCUUUAGAGAACAAAAUAGGCCAUUUAAGUCUCAUAGAGAACAUAAUAAAUUUAUUAAGAACCAGUGAUCACAUGAUCCUGUGAGAACAAACCUAUUCAUUUGAUUGAUCCUAUAGAUAAAAAAAUAAUUAUUUGCUACAGAGCUAUAGAGAACAAAAUUGAUUAUUUGCUUGAUCCUAAUUGAUCACAUGAGCCUAACAACAAUCCCAUUCAUCUAUUAAGUCCUAUA